UUUCUGCAGUUGGUUUAUGAUUCAGUUAUACGCAAGUUUUGAACACUGGCUCUGGUGUUUGUUUGAAAGCACACGGCCGUUACAGAGGCAGUUGGUGUAGCUUCGCUUUCCGAGCAGGCUGUGCUUUUUUACGCUACCGUGAUAAAACGAACCACCUUACCAGUGUCUGUUUAUUAUGGGAUAUUUGCUGUAAUAUUAUUAGCUCCUAACCUAUAAGUGGUAUCACAAUGAACCUCGAGCUUGGCUUGAUAACUAUCCAUUCUUGUUGGUUUUUGUAUUUUUUGGCGUUUCCUUUAUCCACUAGCUACAAAGUUUACGAGACCAAGGCUCUGAUUCGCUGGGGUGCAAUACCCUAGCUGUUAACACUCAGCUCUGCUCACGAGUGAACUCUUUUGUGUUUGGAAACGUUUACGUGAAGUUUGUGCCGCCGUUAGCAUGUGUUCAUUGUCAACACACACAGCUGAAUUGCUUUGGAGACUAUAUUUUCUACCUGACAGCCCGCCUUGCUUUACAGUUUCGGUUCAUAUGCUGCUGGAGUCGUCUGUGUUCACAGCUAAUGUGUGACGGUACACCGCGGAAGUUUUCAUUAGUGGGGAAAUCUAAAUAACAAUAUUGAAUGACCUUCUGGACUAGUGACUAGCUUCCACGGUGAAUGUGGUGGAGAUUAGCACUCUUAAUUACAGUGUAUCUUCUUGGGUUUUGUUAAACAGAGCUCCCUCCUUAUACUUUGACACAGAGACUUGGAGCAUCUAAGUAACACCCAUUAAAAAAAAGUGUAGGAAAAAUGACAAAAUGUUUUUUCAUUUUAAAAUGGGACGGGUUUUCUCUAAGUGGUUGUUACAUUAGUAAAGUUUGCCAGCUGCAGGGUCGUGGGCAACCACGCAGUAUUUUCCAGUAGCCUACACUAUGCUGCUCGCAACCCAACUUGAACUGACUGGCUCAGCGUGGCUGCUCUGAACAAUCCCCAGCAUGUGGUAUUUAUUUGCAUGACUGUAGCGAAAUAGCGCUCGCGUGAUUGUAGUGGUUGGUAUAACUGGGACUAUCUCUCUACGUGAUUAAAUGUUGGCGUUCACUGCUGGUAAAUCACAUGUAGGUGCAUACGUGAGCGUGAGAGACAGACGGACUGGUUGUGGAGGCAGAUGGAUGUGUUUCAGUGCAGAGGAUGAUAAACACUCGCAGGGUUCCGGUUUGGGUUCGCCUCCCUGUGCUUGUGCUUGACAAGGUGUAUGCCGAGCACUCGGGUUUUUUUUUUUUUUUUUUUUUUUUUUAGGUUGUAAGAGGAAAUUCUUGGAGAGCGUGCUCAAGUGUAGGCAACAGUGAGGGGGUAGGUUAGUCAUUUCUCUGAAAUGCUUGAGGACUAGGUGUGCUGUCGCUCUGUUUGCCCGGGGCCAUCCCUGCCGAUACUUGCAGGCAUUUACAUCUCAAUGCAAGAGUUUCUGGGAUCAUUCAGGAGAUGUUGAGACAUUAAAGUGACACUAGACCCUGAAUGGAUUUUGACUGGGGCUUGUACUGGCUAAGGUGCAACAUCUCAUCUUGUUCCUGAGCAACUUUCACACUGUUAGAUGAAGCUGAUUCAGGUGCUGAUGUGUGCUGAAGAUGAGUGGCGUCGGAGACAACUCGUUGGAUCCCCUGUGCUCCGACCGUAAGCGUAAACUGUCCACCUGUGACACUCCAAGCUUAGGGUGUGACAAGCGUCGGAGGGAACAGGAGAGCAAGUACAUCGAGGAGCUGGCUGAGCUCAUCUCUGCCAACCUCUCCAACAUUGACAGCUUCAACGUCAAGCCUGACAAAUGUGCCAUCCUGAAGGAGACAGUGAGGCAGAUCAGACAAAUCAAGGAGCAAGGAAAGAGUUCUUGCAGUGAUGACGAUGUUCAGAAGGCGGAUGUUUCCUCCACUGGUCAAGGGGUCAUUGACAAGGACCAUCUGGGGCCACUGCUCCUACAGGCCUUGGACGGCUUUCUCUUUGUGGUUAACCGGGAGGGCAGCAUUGUAUUUGUAUCGGACAAUGUGACCCAGUACCUGCAGUACAAGCAGGAGGAGCUGAUCAACACCAGCGUGUACAAUAUCAUCCAUGACGAGGACCGAGAGGAGUUUCACAAGAAUCUCCCCAAGUCUAAUGCACCCAAUGGAGCAUCGUGGGGUGGAGAGGCACCUCGUCAGAAGAGCCACACGUUCAACUGUCGCAUGCUGGUCAGCUAUGUUCACGGUCAGACUCAUGGACUGCCAGAAGAAAGAGCGGGAGGCCAACGCUAUGAGACUAUGCAGUGUUUUGCUCUCACUCAGCCCCGGGCCAUGAUGGAGGAGGGAGAUGAUUUGCAGUCAUGUAUGAUAUGUGUGGCACGACGCAUCACUGCAGUAGAGCGGACAGAGAGGUUUAGCACUCGUCAUGAACUGUCUGGUAAACUGAUUGAAAUUGAACAGCAGAACUCUCUUCACACGACCAUGCGCCCAGGGUGGGAAGACCUGGUUAGACGCUGCUUGCAGAUGUUCAUCCAUCGAAGUGAGGGACAGCCGUGGUCCUUCAAACGCCACUACCAAGAUGCUUUCCAUAAUGGCCAUGCGGAGACACCGCUUUACCGGUUCUCACUCUCAGAUGGAACCUCUGUCACAGCUCAAACAAGAAGUGACCUCUGCAGGAAUCCCAGCACAAAUGAACCACACUCUUUCCUCUCCACACACCUGCUGCAAAGGGAGCAUAAUGGUUAUCGGGGGAACCGUGGUGGUGGCAUGAGGCCUCAGACCAUGGGUAUGAACAACCCCAACCAACAGAUGAACAUGGGCCCAGGAGGUUGGAUGGCCAUGAACAGGGGCUACGGUAUGACUGAGCAGGGCAACGUGCCACAAAGAGGAGUGCCGCCGUACGCUGGGGGCAACCGGAUGAAUCAAAUGAGUCCCAUGCAUCAUUCUAUGCAUCAAAUCAAUUCCAUGCAUCAGAUGAACAACAUGGGUCAUGUGAAUCAGAUGAACUCCAUACAUCCAAUAAAUUCCCCCAUGAACUCAAUGAACCAAAUGGGGUCCAUGAAUCAGAUGGGCCAUCAUGGUAUGCAUCAGCAGCAACAACAGCAGCACCAGCAUCAGCAGAUGGCCCCGUUCCAUGGACCUGGAGGUGGACCUGCAGGUGCAGGGUAUGGGAUGGGAAUGACAAGCCCUCCCCAAGCCAGUCCAGGGAUAAAUUGUCCUCCGCACAACGUCAUGGGUUCCCCCAGAGUCCGAGGUAGCCCCUUCUCUCCCGGAGGUAUGAACUCUCCCAUGAGCUCCACUCAUGCCGGUAACUCAGGAGGUGGAGGAGGAGCUACCACCUUCUCCAGCAACUCAUUGAAUGCCCUUCAAGCCAUUAGUGAGGGAGUGGGCAAUCCAAUGCCUUCCCCACUCACUUCUCCUCCUCCUCACAAGCCCGACAGCUCCCCAAGCAUCAACUCUACCAAUCAAGCAGCAGGGGGACCCUGUAAAACUUCCCUCCCAGCCUACUCGGACUCCAGGAGCCCAGGAAGCUCACUGGGGACUGGUGGAGAGCAGCAAUCUCAGCAGCACCCACACACCCCCACCAGUGAGGGCCCUCCUGACAAGCCAGACAGUCAGGCCAGCAGAGAGGCAAGUCUGGGUGUGGGAGAAACCAACAGACGGGUUCCCGACACAAAGUGCCACCAGAAGCUUUUGCAGCUCCUCACCUCUCCUACAGAUGAGCUCCACACAGCAAGCUCCGGGCCCAGCUCCACACCUGAGAGUAAAGAUGCAACAGCUGGUGUCACCAGUCCCUCCUCCUCUACGGGAGUGUCAUCCUCUACGAGCGGCAAUCAUGCUGCUGUUUCCUCCUCUGGUAGCACAGGAAAUGUAAAUAACCAGUCACUGCAGGAAAAACACAAGAUUCUCCACAAGCUCCUGCAGAAUGGGAAUACUCCUGAUGAAGUGGCUCGCAUCACAGCUGAGGCCACAGGAAAAAGCAGCUUGGAUUCUGGGGCACCAGAGCCAGGGCCUGCCACCAGUGGAGUGGUUAGGGGGUCAGAAUCAAAGCAGGAGCAGCAGAGCCCUAAGAAGGAGAAGCCCAAUGCCCUCCUUCACUACCUCCUCAAUAAGGAUGACUCUAAAGAAGUGGGGGAGAUAAAACCAAAGGAUCUGGAUGGGAGAGGUGCUCAGGGGCCAGGGGUCACCAGCUCUGAUCACCAUAGCAUAGAAAGCAAGGUCAAGUUAGAGCCAGCUGAUGAGACCCUGGAGACCAUUCUAGGUGUUCCCAGGAACAACCCCGGCUUCUUCCCUGACUCAGAUCCCAGAGCUGGGAAGGAAACUGGAAACAAACAGGGAAAUAUUCCAGACAGUUUACAUGAUGGAGAGAGAGCCCCCAUUCUUCCAAGUCCGCGUGUUGCCUAUCAAAGAGCCUUGUCCUUGGAUUCCAAACCCAUGAGCGGAGAGGGAGGAAUGGGAGGCGGUCUGGCUACAAGAAGAAAUAUUUCCUCUUCCACAGUGGUCAAACAAGAGAACAUGGACGUUCCAAUCCGAGGAGCUGUGCCUAAUGGCUAUCCUGCAGGCAUGAGUGCGUGUCCACCAAGAGGCAAUCCUACAAGAGGCAUGGGCAGAGGCAUGGGUAUUCCUCAGCGCCCUCCCAUGGCAGGGCCAGGGGAAUGGGGGAUGCAGAGAUCCAGCGGCAGCCCUGUAGCUGGACCAGGACACCCUGGCAUGGGUCGCUCUGGUCCACUGGGAGGACCCUUAAUAAACCGCUCCAUCAGUGCACCGGGAAACACCAGAUCUAUGCUGCAGCAGCAGCUCAUGGAUAUGGGUAACAGUGAUGCUAAUGUAGGCAUGAGACCUUUCUCUGGACACGGUCCCCCACCUCAGUCGCCCUCCUGGCCUGACUCUGCCAUGGGAAUGGAGAGACCACAGAAUAACAUAAACAGGGACCCAUUUGCACACCCCCUGGAAGAACUGUUGGGGCCUCUGCCCAAUAGUGAAGGGCCAAGUGAUGAACUUGUAGACCAGUUGGACUCUCUGCUCAAGGCUGCUGAUGUCAGUACUCUUCAGGAGAUAGACCGAGCUCUAGGCAUCCCUGAAAUCGUAGGCCAGGCCCAGGGACCUGAUGGCCUUCAGCACAGCCAAGAUCAAAGCCAGGGUCCAUGCCCACCACCAUCGGGGCCAUUCCCAGGGCCUGAUACCUCCUUAGGCAUGGACCAAAAACCCAUGUAUGGCCAAGGCUACCCAGGCCCCCCCUCGAUGGGCAUGCAGCCUGGAUAUGGUGGCAAUGCAAUGCAAGGCCAGUCUCCUGGAACCUUCAGUCCCAUGAUGAAUCAGAUGGGGCAGCCAGGGGGUUUUCCUGGCAUGGGGGGUAUAGGCAACCCCCGCGCAAACAUGCCAAGACCUCGCAUGAUGACUGCCAACAAGCCUCUGAGACUUCAACUACAGCAGAGACUACAAGGACCACAGUUUAUGAACCAGGCACGACAAGCUGUGAAGAUGGAAAGUACCCCUGGAGGAAACCCUGUCAUACGCACAGGCAUGCAACCUGGCAUGGGUGGUCAGCCGGGUUUCCUGAGUGCCCAGGUGUUAGCUCAGCGCAGAGAGUUGCAGUUAAGAAGGCAGCGGAUGAUGAUGAUGAUGCAGCAGCAGCAGCAGCAGCAAGGUCAGGGGGCAGCAGGUACCUUCAGCCCUCCUCCUAAUGUCACAGCACCAACAGGCAUGGAUAAUCCAAUGGGCCCCCCCCCCAUGAACCAGCCUGGACAGCAGGCUUUCAACUAUGGAGGCAACUACGGGAUGAACCAGCAGGGGGACCCAGCCUUCAUGACUCCAGGUUGCAGCCCACCAGGAAAUAUAAUGCCAGGAAGAAUGGGAGGCCCACCACAGAAUGCAAUGAUGCCAGGAAUGCAGGGAAAUCCACAGGGAGGGCACUCGUACCCAUCUGGAGACUUGAAAGGAUGGCCGCAGGGUGGAAUGCCACGUAACAUGUCCUAUCCUCAACAGUUCCCCCAGCAGGGCAAUCAGGGCCAGUUUGGACCCAUGAUGAUGAACAACUCUAUGGGGGGACCCGGGCCGGUCAGCGGGGCUGGUGCAGGACAGAUGGCUCAAAUGCCAGGACAGAUGCAGGGUCAAAUGGGAAUGAACUCCAUGGGGAUGGGCCGAAUGCCAAUGGGACCUGACCAGAAGUAUUGCUGAGGACCUGUGGCUCAUGACAGAAUCUGGACCUUUCAGCUGUGGCAGAUUUAGCUGAACAAGGAGAGGAACUGGUCGCAAACGCACACACACAUUCACCACACACACAGUAGAGUUCCCCCAGCAUAAAUUUUGACACAAAGAACUCAGCACAACAUGCUGCUCGCCCUAGAGGGUGUGGGCUGAAAGGACAAAUGAUUUGUGCUAGGUUUCAUCCGCACACAUGUAUACAGAAAUCCGAUACGGCUGUGUGUUUGCACGUGCGUUUAUGUGUGUGACCUGAAGCUGUCAGGCAGUAUUCAGCGUCACAGCCAGACUGCAGAACAGGACUACGGUACAACUGGCUGUGGCUGCACUUUACCACAAGGCUUCUGUUUCGGGGGGUGAGAGAUUGAUGCAAUAUUUCUUCAUUACAGCCUUACUAGAGAUUCAAUGCCUUCACAACAAUGUUUUGUUUUUUUUCUUCCUUAUCCUUUGGAUGCGCCUCAUUCUAAAGUCAUUGGAAGCUAUAAGCACACAGUUUACUAUGUUAUGCAGAUUGGAGCAAUAACUCUUGCCUUUAUGCUUUAGACUGUACCUGAGCAUCAUAAUCCCUGUUAUAAGCAAACAAAUGGUACUGCAGUAUUAGAUGUCUCAAAUGUUCUCUGUGAAUAUGAAUUGUAAAUAUUCUACAAUAUAUUAUCAAACAUGCUUUUUAAAGGCCCGUUCUUGCACAAAGUAUGAGACCUGGUUGUAUUUUUGUGUCCCAUAGGUCAAUGCUGAUCUGAUUUCCUUUUUUUUUUUUUUUUUUUUUUCUUUU